CCUCAUAAUAACCAAGCUAAAGAAACUCAUUAAAAAAUUAAAAUAAAAUAAAAUGAAAUGAAAGAUGCUCACAUGGGUGGAUGAAAGGACAGUUCUGUUUUUUUUUUUUUAAUUGACUUUUGGAGAUGAUGAACAAUGCAUGAAAAAUUGAAAAUGUGUGUGCAUUGCAUGUUUUUGUAUAUAUUUUAUUUGAAUGGUUCAGAACUUCAUAGAGAGUUGAAGCAUGAAUAGAAUGCCCUUGUUUCCACGAUACUGAAACAAGGGAGGUUGAUUCUGUCCUUUCCUGUCCUGUUCUGUUCUUUCUCCUCUUCUACUACUUGAAGAAGACAAAACAUUUCAGGAGACGCAAAAUGUGCCAUCAUAAUUAGUAACUCAUCAUCCACCCAAAAUGGACACGACAUUGCCUCGGAGCCCUAUGCUGUCAUCUAAAACUCCUGUAAUCUACGAAAAGUACAAAUCAGGAUGUGCCUGGGGAUUAAUUCGCUUCCUCGAUUUUCGCCAUCGUAAGCUUGCAAACAGACCGUCUAAAGGAGGCAAUGGUUAUACAAGGAAUAAGCCUAAUAUUCCCUCUAGUGAAGACCUUAGGAAGGUAACCAAGAGUCGUUAUCCGGAUCGAGCUAGCGAUGCAGCAACGGAGGGGUAUAGGCGGUUUUCUGAUCGAAAUAUGAAAAGUAACAGAGGUAGGAAGGAUGAUCAUCACACCAAGAUUAAUCUUCGAGUUCGCAUGAAUGACGCGGUCGAAGCAUUCAUAAAUCAAAGGUUAAUAAGUAACCAGUCUACGGAUUUUAUCGAUGCAUUGGAGAUUUCGAAUUCCAACAAGGAAUUGUUGAUGAAACUCCUGCAAGAUCCAAAUUCACUGCUGGUGAAACAAGUUCAUGAAUUAUGUGAUUCUCCGGCUAAGAAACAGCAAACAAAAACAUCAUCACGGUCCCAACCAUUGAACACAAUAGUUGUCUUGAAGGCUGUCAAACAAAACUGUCCUAAUAGAAUCAGUAAUUGGCCACCACCAAAGUCUCAUUACAGUAAAAAAGACAGGGGUGUUAGGCGGCCAACAUUGUUGUCUUUUCAACACAUAAAAAGGAAAUUGACACAUGGUUUAAGGGCGAAGAGAAAAGAGCAGUGGCAGAUGUCCCAUGAUCGAAAAAAACCCAAAUCAUCCCAUGAUGUCAAUAUAACUCAGGACUUUGGUUCAUGCAUUGGAAACAAAGCUUCUUCAUCCACUGAAAUUUGCUAUACAACCUCAGACCUAUUAAAGUCUUUGCCUGAACAUGACGUGUUGCCUAUGGUUACACCAGGAAGUGACAGGGAACAUGGGUUUGAUUCUCCACAGAUGAGAUUUUCACCCUUUUCAACUGUUAAUGGAUACAAGAGGAGGGUUCAAAUAGAAAACAUGAGUGGUUGCUUAAGUUCUGUUACCAUUGAAGCUAUAGAGGCACAGCCCUUGUAUGAUGGAUUUCAUGGUGGUGCAAAGAAGAGUACCAUUGGCCAUAUAUCUCCUAGCACUGUAUCUCCAGCAGGUAAAAUCCUUAAACUACAAACUACUUUAAUUAUAUGUGUUUGAGGGGAGGUCGGUCUCAAAUCAAACAGUAGAGUUAUUGUGCUCGGGGUGUUUAUACUCGGUUUUAUUAUUGGGUUUUGUCUCCCAACUCUAAGGAGAGGCCUAAUGAGUUCAUGAAAUUUAAGGAGAGCCUUACACCAAGGAAAUGUGAGCAUUUGACCCAAGGUUUGAAUCCAUGCCCUUUUAUGGCAUUAGUGGGUUAUAAGACUAUCACUUGGUUAGACUAUAUUGUAUCUGGAUUGUCUAUGCUUAGUUUUAUACCGGGGUUUAUCUCCUGACUUCUUUGGUGACGAGACACUCCCUAAACUCUUUGAAUCCAUGGGUCUCUCUUUAGAGUCAAAAGACAAAACCUGAAGAUAAAUUGAGUAUAGACAUGCCAGACAUAAUACCUCUACUUUUUGAGGGACUGAAACCAACCUCCCCUCUCUCAACAAUAUGUAUUAUAGAGUAAUUUAGUUAACAUCUGCGUAUGGUGCAGCUGAGCCACCAGUUGAAUCAUUUUGUAUAAAUAUUGAAGAACUCUAUGAAUCUUCUCAUGUGGAAUCCCAUUUGGACAUGAAGAACAAUGCAGGCACUUCAAUAGAUAAGCAAGAAUCUUUGUCCAAAUACAUAAGAUCAGUUCUCCAAAUCUCUGGUGUGAAUUGGGAUGAACUAUUGAGGAAAUGGAAUUUGGCAGAUCAAAUUCUUGAUUCAUCUAUGUUUGAUAAUGUCAAAUUAUGGCAUCACAAGUCCUGUAGUACUGAUCAUCAUAAACUGAUUUUCAGCUACAUCAACGAAGUCCUUUCGGAGAUGUAUCGAAGUUAUUUUAGAUACUCUCCAUGGAUAUCACUUUUUGACCUGAGACCUCGACCGGCUCGGUUCUCCAAAGACAUGGUUCAUGAGGUGUUGAGACAUGUUGAUUGGGUACUCUUAUCAGAGCUGCCCCAACAAACAUUACAACAACUUGUUGAAAACGAUUUGGCCAAAUCGGGAACGUGGUUCAAUCUCCGGUUCGAUACAGAGGAAGUUAUUAUCGAGUUAGCAGACAGCAUAUUGCAGGAUUUGGUAAUAGAAUCUGCAAUUCAGCUUCAAAUUUAAAAGCAGUGCAGCACAACAUGUGUUCCAUGUUACCGAGACAUGAUCAGCAACUUACAGCAGUUAUCAGUGCGAUGCGCAGCGCACAUAUUCAAUCUAUGUCCAAGAAUCCCCCGAUAUACAUAGUUUACUAGUUUAAAUUAAAUCCAUAUUACGAUUAUGAUUCAUGUUCGGAGUUUGUGACUAUUCAUUUCAAUAAUAUUGUAUCCUAAAUUCGAACUUAAAUUUUCCUUUUAUAAGUACAAUGUAACUUACCCUUAUACGGAACACUUAUUGAUACCAAUUUAAAUGAUUAAUAUAGUUUUUCGUGCAAUUAAUUUA